CUGUCGACCGAAGCUCCCCUAAGCCACCGACUCAUCCCCUUUGAGAAAAUUGGUGACAAAGCUUGAAAUUUAUUCUUCUUUUCUUGUUAAAUAACAAGAUUUGGGGCUUAGAACUCUCUUUAAACCCAGAAAUUUCAGAUCUGCUUUGUUCUUCCCCUUUGUCUGUCCGCUGUUCUGCCGGGUGUGAAUCCUUCGGGAUUUUUGUUUUCAUGAUUUCUUCUCCGGUCUCCGUCGGCCUCCAUACCCGCCAGCUCCGGUUUUGGUUGCUGGAAAAAUUCUGGUAUGUUGAUGGCAUCUUUAAGUCCAGAAAUGGUUAACUAGUUGCUGCCUUGUGUUGUUGAAUUUUAUCAAUUUGUUGCUGCCAUGUGUGUCUGAAUUUCUGCAGAAAUAUGGAAGAAUUUGGCAGCAUUUUAAACAUGUUUUUUUUUAGCUUAAUUCCUGUAGAAAUAAACCUGUUUUUGGCUUGAAAUUAACUGCUGUUCUGUGUGGAAAAUCCUGCUGUUUUGCCAAAAUUUUACUAUUCACGCGCAGUUACUGUUCACGCAGGAAAUUUUGCAAUUUGCUGCUGCGUUUUCUGCAUUUUCUGCUGCAUUUUUCUGCAAACUUGCUGCUGCAUUUUCUGCACUUGCUGCUGCAUUUUUCUGCAAGUUGCUGCUAUCUGUAGUUUUUUCGUACAAAUGUCGACCUCCUUCCUCUACUCUUCUACCUUACCACAGCAAAAUAGCAAAGCCCUCCCUUAGUCGCCUAAAUCUCACCUAAAGUAUGCUAGAAAUCGCCCUUUUGCUCUCCCAUCUCUUCCGUUGCUAUUUCUGCAGAAAUCACCGAGAGCACAAGUUGGAAAUUUUUGACAUUUUAUCCCUUUUGUCUGGCUGUCACAGAAGAAACACAAGAGGUUUUCUGUGGUUUUGAGUUGAGGGAGUGGUUGUUUGGAGGUGAUCAGUGAAGAUGAUGAAAUCUAAAAAAUGAUCUGGGAAGAU